AUGCUUACCGAUAUCGCUGUGGCAAAGUGCUUCGCCAACAUUAUUCAGCCAUCCAACCCAGAGAAGUUCCUCUGUCAAUGGGUAAAUGAGGAGUAUCAAAAGCAUUUUGCGUGGAAGGAGAAGAUCUCAUCGCCGUGGGAAGACAGCCCAAAGGCACCUGCAUUCGAAGCGUACACUCCAAGACUGAUUCAAGAGUUCCAGGCGAUGGCGGAGGUCAAGUAUGGCAUAGCCGGUGGUAACAGGGUCAUUGAUGCCAGAGGGUUGCGGCGCGAUGAGAAGCACCCCGAUAUUCGAAUCCCAUGUUUCGCACCCCAGCGAGCUAUCCUCGAUCAUCCCAACACCAAGGUCUAUCUCAUUUACGGAGGUGAUUUCAGCGCAAACGAGACCAUAUUCCAUGGAACUCCAGCCUUGAUUCUGGAUAUCUUCCUUGACUACCUCACUAACAGCGCCUGCGUCGUCGAAGCAGGUGUCGGUCUCACCAUGGACAAGUUUGACUUCACCGCCACCGAGAUCGCAAACAAGAUCGGUCGUAUCGUCUCCGACGUUGACGGGUCCUUUGGCAGGAACGUCGAGCGCAUGAAGAGGAUAGCAUGUGUGGCAUUCCGACGCAAGGAACUCGCCGCCGACACGGUUGAUGAAGUCAUCUUUGAUCACGAGUUGCGAUCGGUAGGCGGAGUAGCGCUGCGACCGAUGCACCUUCAGACGGCAGACAUGCGGAUAACGGUAUGGAAGGCCAGGAAUUGGGGUCUGUGGCUCGUCUCCGUCUCUACGUUGACGGUCGGUGGUACAGCCUGCUUCAUGGGCGCGAAGUAUGCUCGGCGACUCAAUUUAGGCAUCUUUAGAUUUGUCUCGGGUAUCGUGUACGACGUGAAUUGA